AUGGCUCUGCGGCGUUCAUCAGCUCGUCUGAAGCAUUUCUUUACAGAUGGAGCCAACGACUACGUCACUGGUUGGGAGAAUACCCCACCGUUGAAGUUCCCAGCUGACGUCAUGAAGCCCUGCGACUACUCUAUGACCAAGCCUAUUCCCAAGCAUUGGAAACUACGCGGUUCGGGUAUGCACGGUCCGGAGAACACUGAUCUGAUGAAACUCGUAUUAUGGAAUCGUCUCAAGCAGAAGAGGCCUCAAAGAGAAGUCCCCAACAUCAACUACUUGAAGGAUUCAAUCAGGCUAGAGAUGUCGGUCAAUUGGUGGUUGAUGAGUUGUAUUUUCCUUUGGGGCCCUUGGUUACACUGGGGUCAGGAGUACCAGAAGGUGCAUGAGCAACCACCGUGGGCGAUGAAGCGUAUUGAUGGUCUUCGCGGUGAGGGUUACUUCACUUGGUUCUUGGAGUGA